AUGACAAACAAGACGACGAAGCAAAUUAGCGAUAAAAGGAGGGGCAUAAGACUACUAGAAGCCAGAAACAAUGUUGCUGCCGGGAGUAUAACCGUCGAAACUCUCCCUACCCACGUAAUACCCAUAGAAGAACCACAUAGACAAACACAAGAAGAGGAAAACAUUAAUAACGGAAGUGACGCAGUGUCUAGCGUGGAAGACACACCGGUACCACAGGGGAAUGAACUCCUCGCUACAGACAACACCUGCAACCUACCGGACGAGGCGCCAACCAAUGAAACAGGUGAUGCCGGGAAUAUUACAUACGAAGGGUCCAACGACGCGAGCAGUGAAGAAAGAUCACAAUGGAAGGACAUCCUGUCCAACUGUAUCCUUGAGCCACCUUCCGGCCCCGAACUAUACAAGAAGCUGCAACUGAAGCUUGUUGAAAUUUGGAAGGACUCACGUGAGGACAGCUGCUCCUUAGGGCAAAGACUGGAUGCCUUCAUUGCCACCGACCUUGUCCCAACGCUACGGUGUGGGGCUAAGGACGGAGAAGAGGGAGACAACCAGGCAGCCCCAUCGAGCAACCGGCCAACCACUAGCCGACGAAAGGGUACUCGGCAGAAGAAUAACCGAAAUAAUCGGAAAAGAAGAGAAUACCAAAAAGCCCAGGAUCUAUACGAACACUGCCCCAAGAAAUUGGUAGAAGCCGUUAUGAACGGAGAUAAAACGGCCUUAGGAGGAAGAAUUGAACCGCCCAAGAAAGAAGAUAUAACAAAAUUAUAUAACGAACUAUGGGGCAUCGAGGGCCCAGCUGCUUCUGAAUGUUCCAGGUGCGGCAUAAAUGAAACAGCGAGAGCAGUCAGCACCAGUGAAGUGUUCACCCCAGUAACAACGGAAGAAGUAUUGGCCAAGAUAAAGAAGAUCAGAGGGAAUACCGCCACAGGACAGGAUGGUAUCAGGAAAAGAGACCUCGCUAGGCAAGGAGUGAGCGCGCUGCUGGCAACCCUGUUUAACAUUCUGUUACGCGAAGGCCACUUUCCAGCACCAUGGCUUACAAACAGGACGACACUCAUUCCCAAAUUGGGAAAGGAUGAAGCCGACGCUAAGAACUGGCGUCCAAUAACUAUCAGUUCAUUAUUAAAUAGAAUAUUUUGCUCAUUGAUAGACAAGCGACUGAGAGCCGUGAUAAGACAGACUGUCCGGCAAAAGGGCUUCACCAUGGAGAACGGCUGCAAGGCAAACACUGCACUCUUCAAACAUGCAGUGACG